AACGUUUUAAGUGUCAUGGAAGCGCUCAAAAGGCUCAGAAAAUGUUUGCUAUAGCAUUUCUAAAAAUAUCUGAUUCAUGUUUGCAUUAGUGUUUGCUUAGUGCCUGUUUAUGUUUAAGGGUUACAGUUAUAAAGGGAGAAUAUGAAACCUUGAAAUGUGUUGCAGGUAUUUUCAGGGAGCUAUAAUAAAAUGUGUCCUCAUAUUUGUGUCCUGGAGUUAUUUGUCAGCAGCUGGAGCUUUUUCUCGGCCCUCCUGCUGUCUGUGGGGAGCCUGGCUCUUUGCUGCUGAGUUAUAACAUGGUGCUGUUUUUUUGGGGGGGGCGCUCGGGCCAGGGUGAUGCCCUCCUCUGUCACUCUGCCUGUCUCUCUGUGGUAGCAUGCUCAUAUAUGGCUCUCCCGCUGCACAGCACAGCGCUCUCUGGUUUUCCACUUGCACUGAUCUUUUUCGACGGGGAGUUCGUCACGUGUGUUUCUGAGUGUAAUUGGCCUGAAGAUUGACGCAGAGCUGCUUUAUCCAAAUCGGCACGAGCUCACCCAGUGAUCAAACGCGCGGUGCCAAUUACGUCCUGUAUGCAAAUGAGGCUAAUAUCACGCGGAGAUAAACAUUUGCUUGUUUUUGUGACAAAUUGCCUAAUUUUAGAGAGAAAGUGUGAAGUGGGCUUCCUCUACUUUCUAAUUGGACUCCUCCUCUCCGCCCUCUAAUUACCGCUCCCCGGUAUCUGACCGCCUCACACACUCUGGGGGGGGGGAUAAGUGAUACUACCUUUCAGUCAGAACUUAGUUACUGGCGGUCAGCCGCUGCUGCUGUUGGUGCAUCACCGUGCGCCGGAUGGGCUCGGCUCGCGCCUCGUUGUGCGUCACCCUGGAGAAGUGGCUCGGAGACGGGGUGGGACUGGAAGUCGGAAGUGUCCCUGCAGCCUGCAGCCCAGCGGCCAGCAUGCGGCCGGAGAGACACCUGUGAUCGGAGCUGCGGAUUGUCUUUACUCUCCUGUCAUCGCUCUGUGUACAACUUUACCACAGCCCGACAGCUUGCCCCCGCUUUGAAUCGCUCUUGUCUAACUUACCACAGUCAGGUGCGACCCGCUGAGCCGCCAUGACCUCUAAGGACGACUCGACAUGCCCAGCAGGGCUGGAGGAGCGCAGGGGCAGUCCGCUGGAUCAGCUCCCGCCGCCGGCCAACUCCAACAAGCCGCUGACGCCUUUCAGCAUCGAGGACAUCCUCAACAAGCCGUGCGUGAGAAGGAGCUGCUCCCUGAGCGCAGCGGCGCACCACAUCUCUCCCGGAGAGAAGCUGUCCUCGCUGGGCCAGCGCCUGUCAGGCCGGGCGCUGCUCAGUCAGACCUCCCCGCUCUGCGCGCUGGAGGAGCUGGCCAGCAAAACCUUCAAGGGCCUGGAGGUCAGCGUCCUGCAGGCUGCCGAGGGCCGAGACGGUCUGACGCUCUUCGGCCAGAGGAACACCCCUAAGAAGCGGCGGAAGUCCCGCACGGCGUUUACCAACCACCAGAUCUACGAGCUGGAGAAGCGCUUCCUGUACCAGAAGUACCUGAGCCCAGCGGACCGGGACCAGAUCGCCCAGCAGCUCGGUCUGACCAACGCGCAGGUCAUCACCUGGUUUCAGAACCGGCGGGCCAAGCUGAAGCGGGACCUGGAGGAGAUGAAAGCGGACGUGGAGUCCACCAAGGCCGCGGGCUCUGAGGCCUUUGAGAAGCUCUCCAAGCUGGCCGAGCUGGAGAAGUGCGCGGCCGGAGGUGUGGGCGGGGGGACGGUUCCAGCGCCAGGCCACACCGAGCCCGAGCCGGUCUCCUCCAGGUCCCACCACGACACCACCGAGAACCUCGACUCCGGCAGACCGCACAUGUCGCCUCCUUCACCCGCAUCGUCGUGGUACACGGGCCAGCUGAGCAGCCAGUGCUGCUCGGAGGAGGAAGACGAGGAGAUUGACGUGGAUGACUAAAGUACGUCCGUGGUCACCGAGACAGCGGCGUGAGGUGCCAGAUGACGCGCUGUUUCCGCACAGAAACCCUGGCUUUACGCACGGGAACUAUCCAGAAACAUCAGGCCCACUGCUUUCUGUUGGACGGGCGCGCGCUCAGAAAACGCGUGGCACGUGACAGAGAGACAUUCAGAAGGAAAAACGCCAAAAAGCAAACAUGCAGGUGCGCACGAGCCGGUUGGUUCUGCUCACCAUCACCAAAAUAUUCCACGCAUGUUCGGAAGGCUCGCGGAUGUUUCAGCUUGUUGAUAACCAACUGUUCUGAAAUGAUAAUCACACACACAAAAUAUGUAGCUGAUAGCUUGUAAUAAAUCACGAUUUAAUAUAUUUAUAAUGCUUUGUACACCCUUUAAGUGCCUUUAGAAUAUACAGAACCCAUAAAACUGUACAGACUGUAAUGUAAACUAUACGACGAUGACGAUUAAAAAACAACAUU